AUGAUAUGCCCCAUUCGACUUGAGAAAGCCGGGAAAAAGAUUGUGGAGAAUUGUGAAGAUCUUCCUCUUAUGAUUGUCACGGUUGCUAGGCUCCUCUCUCGUGUUGAGCAAACUGCUGCAGUUUGGAAUGAUGCAGCGCAGAGAAAUUCUCAGAUUUUCAUGGAUGCAUAUGAUCAAAUCUCAAAGAUAUUAGUUUCAAGCUAUAAGCACUUGCCUCAAUACUUGAAAGUAUGCUUUCUCUAUAUUGGGAUUUUCCCUCAGAAUAAGGAGAUCCCAACCUCCAAGCUCAUCAUAUUCUGGAUUGCUGAGGGAUUUCUCGAACCAAAUUCAGGCAAAACCAUACAAGAUUAUGCUGUAGAAUGCUUGUUAGAGCUUGAAAGCCUAAGCCUAGUCAUGGUUAGCCAGCAGAGUUCUAGUUUCAAGAUUAAGGCCUGCAGCUUGCAUUCUGUUUUCUGGCAUUUAUCCAAUAAUUUAGCAAUGCAGAGCAAUUUCUUUCGAGCCUUUAGCACUCUUGCUGAUUGUGGAGUUGAGAAUAUGGAGAUGCAGCGGAGAUUAUGCAUUCGAAAUAGCACUUUAUUAGGCAUCAAAGAUGUGCACGACUUGAUUGCAUCCAUUUCAGCUACGCGUUCUCUGAUAUGUGCUUCUCCGUCUCAUCAGUAUCCGGUGCCAGUUUGUUUCGGGUUGAGGCUGCUAAGGUUGAUGGAUGCUCUUGCAAUUCGUCUCUACGAGUUUCCCACUGAAGUAAUGGAUUCAUAUUUCUUGAGAUACCUUGCUCUUACAUACAAUGGGAGCAUCCCUCCUUGUAUUUCCAAACUGUGGAACCUUCAGUUUAUUAUUAUAAGUCGGCCUCUCAGCAUCGUAUCAUCUGCAGAUUCGUCGUAUUUACCAAUGGAGAUAUGGGAUAUGGAGAAACUGAAGCAUCUUCAGAUUGCAGGAAGCAACCUACCAGACCCUAAUGGUAGUGUUGCAUUACGAAAACUGUCAACUCUCAUAGGCGUGAGCUCUCGUAGUUGUACCAAAAAAGUGCUUAGGAGAGUCUCGGGUUUGAAGAGAUUAGGGAUUUGCAUUGAGCUCGAGCCUGAUGAGAAUGAUGAUCCCUAUCGUUGCUUGAACAAUAUAUCCCGUCUCCGGAGACUAGAAUCACUUAAAUGUGUGGUUGUAAAUCCUGACUUUAUGCCAGAGCGGGUGUCUCCACCCGCUCCUCGGUCAAUGUUCCCAUGGGGUCUUAAAAAGUUGAGCUUGAGUGGGCUCGGGUACCCAUGGGAAUAUAUGAAGAUAAUUAGCAAGUUGGAAAAUCUCAAAGUGCUCAAAUUGCGAUGCUACGCCUUUCAAGGACCCGACUGGGAGUUGCAUGAUGACGAUUUGUAUGCACUUCGGUUUCUUUUAAUUGAAGACACUGAUUUGGUUCUUUGGAAGUUCUCGGCUACGUGUUUCAUGAACCUCAAGCGUCUGUGCAUCAAACACUGCUACCAAUUGGAAGAAAUCUCGCCUGAGCUGUGUACAAAUGUGGAAACAAUUCAAGUUGUUGAUUGCAACCCUAUGGUUCAAAAUUGGGCAAAGGAUUUGGAGAUGAGCGCAUAUGAUAUCAUUUCUUCAUGGGAUCAUGCAACAAAAUCUUGA